AUGGCCAUGGCCCCAAGCUCUUCCUUGUCUCAGGUGUACACCAGCCCUGUGGCAGUGGUCGUGUGGGAGUGGCAGGAUGAGAUGGGCACCUGGCACCCCUACAGUGCCACUGUCUGUAACUACAUCGAGCAGCAGUUUGCCCAGCAGAAGGGCCAGCGCUAUGGGAUGGGCCAUAGCAUCCCCUUAGGCCAAGCUGACCCCUCGCUGGCCCCUUACAUCAUCGACCUCCCCAGCUGGACCCAGUUCCGCCAGGACACUGGCACCAUGCGGGCUGUGCGGAGGCACCUGUUUUCCCAGCUCUCAGCCCCGGGCCGGGGCAUUGUCUGGGAGUGGCUGAACGACGAUGGCUCCUGGACAGCCUAUGAAGCCAGCAUUUGUGACUAUCUGGAGCAGCAGGUGGCCAGGGGCAACCAGCUUGUGGACUUGGCACCUUUGGGGUACAACUACGUCGUCAACUAUGCCACCCACACACAGACCAAUAAGGCUUCGAACUACUGCCGUAGUGUGCGGCGCCAAGCAGGGCCCCCUUACCCAGUGACCACCAUCAUCGCUCCGCCAGGCCACAUGGGCGUCGCCUGCUCUUGCCACCAGUGCCUCAACAAUGGCGGAACUGGCCCCGUGUCAGGUCGCUACCGCCACUCCAUGACCAGCCUCCCUGCAUACCCUGCCCCUCAGACCCCCCAAAGGACUGCUGCUAUCUUGGGGGCCCACCAGGCCUUUGCCCCAUACAAUAAGCCCUCGCUCUCUGGAGCUAGGUCUGCACCCAGGCUGAACACCACCAACCCCUGGGGCGGGGUGCUGCCCUCCUUGGGGAACCAGCCCUUUUACUGCUCCAGCCUCUCCCACCUGGGACCUCAGCGCCAGCCCCCAGGACCAUCCACUGCCAGUGGAGCCAGUGCCUCCAUGCCCAGCGGUCCUGGGAGCAUCCCCACCACUGUGCCCGUGCAGAUGCCGAAGCCCAGCAGGGUCCAGCAAGCCCUUGCAGGCAUGACGAGUGUUCUGAUGUCAGCCAUCGGACUCCCUGUGUGUCUUAGCCGCGCACCCCAGCCUGCCAGUCCUCCCGCCUCCUGUCUGGCCUCUAAAAGUCACAGCUCAGUUAAGAGAUUGAGGAAAAUGUCCAUGAAAGGAGGGACUCCAAAGCCGGAGCCCGAGCAGGUGAUAAGAAAAUAUACCGAAGAGCUGAAGACUGCCCCAGAUGAGGACUGCAUCAUCUGCAUGGAGAAACUGUCCGUGGCGUCUGGGUACAGUGACGUGACCAACAGCAUGACCAUUGGACCAGGGGCUGUGGGCCGCCUCACCAAGUGCAGCCAUGCCUUCCACCUGCUCUGCCUGCUGGCCAUGUACUGCAAUGGGAACAAGGAUGGAAGCUUACAGUGUCCUUCCUGCAAAACCAUCUACGGAGAGAAAACUGGGACCCAGCCUCGGGGGAAGAUGGAGGUGUUCAGCUACCCAGUGUCCCUCCCUGGCCACGAGGACUGCGGGACAAUACUCAUAGUUUACAACAUUCCUCACGGCGUCCAGGGCCCUGAGCACCCCAACCCCGGGAAGCCGUUUACUGCCAGAGGGUUUCCCCGCCAGUGCUACCUUCCUGACAAUGCCCAGGGCCGCAAGGUCCUGGAGCUGCUGAAGGUGGCCUGGAAGAGGCGGCUCAUCUUCACCGUGGGGACGUCCAGCACCACGGGCGAGACCGACACGGUGGUGUGGAACGAGAUCCACCACAAGACAGAGAUGGACCGCAAUGUGACAGGCCACGGCUACCCGGACCCCAACUACCUGCAGAACGUGCUGGCUGAGCUGGCUGCCCAGGGAGUGACUGAGGACUGCCUGGGGCAGCAGUGA